AUGGACACAUUGGGAACUCUUCCAGAGGAUAUACUAAUUGAUAUACUUGCUAGAUUGCCUGCUAAACUCCUUAUGCGAUUCAAGAGUGUAAGCACAUCGUGGUAUGAUUUAAUCAGUGAUCCUGAUUUUGCCAAAGAGCAAUUAAACCGAUCACUAGCCACUCAACCCGAUCUCCAUUUCAUUUACUGUAAACCAAUCAUUCACAUGGGUGAUUUUGAUUCUUUUGAUAAUGAUGUUGAGCUUAAUUACCCUUUUAAGAGUCCUAUACAUGGUGGGGCUUGUAUUAUUGGAUGUUGUAAUGGUUUGGUAUGUCUUUGGAACUUUGAUUAUUUCAAUUUUAUUGUGUUUUUGUUCAACCCCACCACUCGUACUUACACCAUGCUACCAUUUUUACCUAGGCCUCCCCAUGUUGCUCAUCAUAAACAUGAAUUUGUUCAUGGGUUUGGGUAUGAUAGUGUCACGGAUGACAAUUUGUUUGUUAGAAUUCGUUAA